AUGUUAGAAAAGUUAAUUUGGAAUAUUCGACUGUGGGCUGUUCUUGCUGCAGGAUUUGGAGUUGCCUGGUUGGUGAACAGAAAAAAGAAUGCCAGUAUUAGAAUUGAUUCAGAAAAUCUGGCGGUGGCAACCACAUCGGUGAGGAAAAGCAAGCAGAAACGAGCUCUCACCAUCCUGUAUGGUUCUCAGACUGGGAAAGGAAAGUUAUUUGCAGAGAUCCUGAAGACCAGAGUUGAGGAACUUGGGUUUACAGCAGACGUCACUGAUGUGGCCAGCUAUGACCAUGAGAAACUGUUGCAGGCAGAGGCAGAGGAAGGGAAGAUUUGUGUGUUCAUUGUCUCAACAUACACAGAUGGUCAACCACCAGGUGGGGCUCAGUGGUUCUACACUUGGCUGGAAGAUCUUGCCGAGGACUUUCGGGUGACCAAGGCAACGCUUGCGGGACUCAAUUAUGCAGUGGUGGGACUGGGGAAUUCACUGUAUUCUGAGCAUUUUAACACAGUUGCCAAGAACAUCGACUCCUGGCUGCAUACGCUGUCUGCCAACAGAGUUCUACCCCUUUGUCUGGCAGAUGAAAAUGUUAUUAACAGUAAAAACAAAGGAUUACGUGAAGAUUUUGAUGCAUGGUUACUAUCGUCAAUAAAAAACCUCACUCGGGCCCUGAAAGGUCGCCAGGUGACUGCGAAAAACUGUGAAGACGCGUGCACAAAACAAUGCAGCUGCAAGAAGGAUGGUGGCGGAGAUGUGGGUGACGGUGGCAGGUGCAGCAGUGACGAAGAAGCCGAUGGUCAGGAGGUAAUGUCAGAUGAGUCAGAUGAUGAGCCUUCUCCAGCAGCAAAGCCUGAUAUCAUGGACCUGGAAGACCUUGGCAAAUUAAUGAAGGAAUCUAAGAAUCAAAACCUGGCCAACGGAACAGCCGGAGGUCAAGGAGAUGGCCCCAGAGAAAUGAUCACACCCCUACUGCGGGAAUCCCUGGAGAAACAAGGCUACCAGCUGAUUGGUUCUCACUCAGGGGUCAAGCUGUGUCGCUGGACAAAAUCUAUGCUGCGUGGACGCGGAGGCUGCUACAAGCACACCUUUUACGGGAUCGAGAGUCACAGAUGUAUGGAGACGACACCCAGCCUGGCUUGCGCCAAUAAAUGUGUCUUCUGUUGGAGACAUCACACAAAUCCAGUGGGCACAGAAUGGAAGUGGAAGAUGGACGAUGCUGAAACCGUGUUUAAUGGGGCGGUUAAUAACCACAUUAAGCUGAUCAAACAGUUCAAAGGUGUGCCAGGUGUUUUACCAGAGAAAUUUGAAGAGGCUCUGAUCAUCAAACAUUGUGCCCUUUCACUCGUAGGGGAACCAAUCAUGUAUCCAGAGAUUAACAAAUUUGUGGAACUGUUACACGGCAAGCAGAUAUCCAGUUUUCUAGUCACAAAUGCCCAGUUUCCUCAAGAGAUCAGGGAUCUCCUUCCUGUGACCCAGUUGUACGUUAGUGUGGACGCAGCUACCAAGGAGAGUUUGAAGAAAAUUGACAGGCCACUAUUCAAGGACUUCUGGCAGAGGUUCAUCGACAGCUUGACCGCCCUCAGAGACAAGGGACAGAGAACUGUCUACAGGCUGACGUUAGUCAAGGCCUGGAACACGGAGGAACUAGACAACUAUGCCAAACUUGUUUCCCUAGGCAACCCAGACUUCAUAGAAGUUAAAGGUGUCACCUACUGCGGGGAAUCAAAAGCUUCCACUCUGACCAUGGAGAAUGUGCCUUGGCAUGAAGAGGUGGUCAAGUUUGUGAACGAGCUGGUUGACCGACUGCCUGACUAUGAAAUAGCUUCUGAACAUGAGCAUUCCAACUGUCUCCUCGUUGCACAUAAGAAGUUCAAACAGAAUGGGCAAUGGUGGACGUGGAUUGAUUACUCCAAAUUCCACCAGCUGUGGCAAAGAUAUCAGCAAUCUGGAGGCCAGGAGUCAUUCGAAUCUGCUGACUAUGUAGCUCCUACGCCAGCUUGGGCAGUUUUUGGUGCCAUAGAACAAGGAUUUGAUCCCAGCGAGAAAAGAUUCUACCGGAAGAAGGGACAGAAGUCGUAG